GUCGAUCUCGCGAUACUCUCGUGGAUCUCGGACACAUCCGGAAAUAUGGCAGACGAGCUCGGGCGAAAAUGGGACCGUUGUCUUGCUGACACAGCCUUAAAAACAGUGACAGGCGUCGGUGUCGGCAUCGUGUUUUCCGUCCUCUUCUUCAAACGUCGAAUGUGGCCGGUGUCGUUCGGAUCGGGCCUGGGGUUGGGAAUGGGAUACAGCAACUGCCAGCAUGACUUCAGGUCACCGUAUCUGAUUCAUGGCCGCGUGGUUGAGGACCAGUGAUGAACGACUGAAGAAGAACAUGGAAAUCUCAUCUGUUUUAAUUUAAUUAUCCGUUUGGCACCAACUUCCAACGAUGCCCACGUUGUGUAUCUGUAAUACAGUAAAUGUAUAUUUAAUAAAAUGAUUGCAUAAAG